AGCACCACCUGCAGGUGUUACCAGCACAAGAAAAACUAGUACAUCAAGAACUAGAACUUCAACAAGUGGUACAACAACAGACCACAUCAAGUCUGAAGAUGAGCAGAAAGUUUUACCAAUCAUAUCUGACGGGGCGCUCGUAGGAGUUUUGACUUUGCAGGAUGCUAAAGCUCAACUUGAGGAUUUAGGUUUGUAUUUCUCGCGAGAGGAAUACGAACAUCCAGACGAAUACGAGUACCUUGUGGGGAAGAACUCACCCAGGACAACAUCAGUAGUUGUUGCAGGAGCAGGUGGAGGGAGGACUACGACUAGUCGCGGAGGUUUCUCCGAAGAGGAUGAGCUACAGAUCGGACGCGAAAUGAGUGAAGAAGAGGAGCAAUUGUUCGGAGGGACGGCUGCUUUUGACACAGACGAAGAUGCUCAUGUCGAGUUGAUGCUGCAACAACUUCAAGUUAGAGCCAUG